UGCGCGGCUCUCGCGCCGGCCUCGCGGUGGUUCGGCCUCCGUCGCCUCCGGUGGCCAGCCAUGGCCGGGAUCCUGUUCGAGGACAUUUUCGACGUGAAGGACAUCGACCCCGAGGGCAAGAAGUUCGACCGAGUGUCCCGCUUGCACUGUGAGAGUGAAUCCUUCAAGAUGGACCUCAUCUUAGAUGUUAACAUCCAGAUCUAUCCUGUGGACUUGGGUGACAAGUUCCGAUUGGUGAUAGCUAGCACCUUGUAUGAAGAUGGGACCCUGGACGAUGGGGAGUAUAAUCCCACAGAUGACCGGCCAUCCAGGGCCGACCAGUUUGAGUACGUGAUGUAUGGGAAGGUGUACAGAAUUGAGGGAGACGAGACCUCCACAGAAGCAGCCACUCGCCUCUCAGCCUAUGUGUCUUACGGGGGGCUGCUCAUGAGACUCCAGGGAGAUGCCAACAACUUGCACGGCUUUGAAGUGGACUCCCGAGUUUACCUCCUGAUGAAGAAGCUGGCUUUCUGAGCUGACCAGGGAGCCUUUGCUGUUCACCCCUUUCCCUGUCUGGUGGGGCCUGGUCUGGGCAUUGCUGCCCCUGCCAAGAGCUGCUCCAGUGGGAGGAAUGCUGGCUGAGGAAGGGCCCCUUUCUCUGGAGAAAUCCAUUCUUCACCUGAUGGACUUGGGAUCUCUCUUGGUUGGUCUGAGCCAGUUGGAAAACUGGCUGUUGGCCCCUGCUUGGGAUCCCAUUGGAUGAGCUCAGGUUGAGCUUUCAGAUACUUUGUGUGAUGGUUCAAUUAAACUAUGCUUUUUUA